AUGGGUUCCCAAAAGAAGAACCUCAAGGCGACGAAGAAGUUCGAAAAGAACCACUUGAAGGGCGUUUUGGACAAGAGGAAGGAGUCCGCAAAGGUCAAGCAGCGCCUCCAGGUCAAGGCCAAGAAGCAGUCGAAGAAGACCAAGGAUUCCGAAUUCUUCAAGAAAGAUGAGGCCGCCGCCAAGGCAAAGGCCAAUGGCCACCAGAAGGACGCCAAAGUCAGCGCCAUGAGCGUUGACGACUUCUUCCAGGGCGGCUUCGAGGACAUCAUCGACAAGAAGGACAAGAAGGACAAGAAGAAGCUCGGCAAGCGGAAGCGCGAUGCGCCUGCGGGAGAAGGAUCCGACUCGGACUCGGACGACUUCUCUGCCGAGGAGCAGCCCGUCGCCAGCGACAGCGAAGACGCCGGCAGCGAGGACGACGACGAGAACCUAGGCAUGACCAAGGAGGCCAUGGACAAGCUCGCCGAGAACGACCCCGAAUUCUACAAGUUCCUCAAGGAGAACGACCCGGAAGCCCUCGACUUUGACGAGAACGCCGACCUUGCUGAGGUGGACGAGCUCAGCGCCGGUAGCGACCACUCGGACGACGACGAGCAACCAAAGAAGAAGCGCAAGAAGGACGCUAAGAAGAAGGCCGCCGCUGAGGAGGAGGAGGCCCUUGUCGACAACGAACUCACGCGUGAGAUGGUUUCCAAGUGGAAGAAGUUGAUCGAGGAGAAGCAGAGCUUGCGCGCUGCGAGACAGGUCGUUCUGGCCUUCCGCUGUGCGGCCCAUCUCAACGAGGACGACGCCGACGACGAGAAGACGCAGAGAUAUACCAUCUCCAGCCCCGAGGUCUUCCACGACAUCUUGAUCGUUGCCCUCAAGCAGAUCCCGGAGAUCAUCUCUCACCAUCUGCCCAUUAAGGAGUCUGCGUCCGGCAAGAUCUACGUGCCUACCGACUCGAAGAAGUUUCACACACUGUCCAUCAUGAUCAAGACCUUCACUGCUUCCAUCAUCCACCUCCUCAGCACCCUGUCCGACGACGCGACCCUCAAGCUCACCAUUGGCUCAUUAGAGCCCCUGGUCCCCUACCUGAUGUCCUUCAGAAAGCUUCUCAAGGCUCUCAUCAAGACUGUUGUCAACUACUGGGCCAGACCGGCCAGCUCAGAAACCACCAAGAUCACCUCCUUCCUUGUCCUGCGGAAACUCGUCGUCAUUGGCGACAAGGGUAUCCGCGAGACAGUUCUUAAGGCUGUGUACCAGGGACUCGUUUCCGGCUGCAGAGCAACAAACAUCAACACUAUCCAGGGCAUCAACCUGAUGAAGAACUCCGCCGCAGAGUUGUGGGGUAUCGACCAAAAUGUCGGCUACACGACCGCCUUCACCUUCAUCCGCCAACUCGCCAUCCACCUGAGAAACAGCAUCGUCAAGAAAGAAAAGGAUGCCCACAAGAUCAUUUACAACUGGCAAUACACCCACUCGCUCGACUUCUGGUCAUGCGUGCUUGCCGAGCACUGUAGUCCCUUGAAGGAGGCGGAGGCGGGUAAGGAAGGCCAGCUGAAGCUCCUGAUUUACCCCCUUGUGCAAGUCACGUUGGGUGCGAUGCGCCUCAUCCCCUCGCCUACCUUCUUCCCUCUCCGAUUCCAUCUGAUCCGCUCCAUCCUCCGUCUGUCACGCGCAACCAACACCUACAUCCCUCUCGCAUCCGCCCUCAUUGAGGUUCUCGAGUCGGCCGACAUGAGACGUUUCCCCAAGGCCUCGUCCAUCAAGCCCCUCGACUUCAACGUUGCGUAUAAGGCGCCCAAGUCGUACCUCCGCACACGCGUCUACCAGGACGGCGUUGGUGAGCAGGUCGUUGAGCUCUUCAGCGAGUACUUCACCAUCUGGGCCAAGAACAUUGCGUUCCCCGAGUUCACGCUGCCGGUCCUCAUCCAGCUGAAGCGCUGGGUCAAGCAGGCGCGUAAGAUCAGCACGGGCAACAAGAACAACAAGGUCAUCUCACAGAUUGUGCUGCUGGUACAGAAGCUCGAGGCCAACGCCAAGUUUAUCGAGGAGAAGCGUGCUAAGGUAGAGUUCGCGCCCAAGGACCGCGCGCAGGUGGACGCCUUCCUGCGCGACUUUGACUGGGAGAAGACGCCCCUCGGCGCCUUCGUCGUCGUGCAGCGCAAGAUCAGAGAGCAGAAGGCCAAGGCGCUCGAGGACGCGAGGAAAGAGGACGAGAAGAAGCGCAAGGAGGAGGAGAAGGAUGCUCUUGCCGCGAAUGCGGAGGACGAGUCUGAGGAGGAAUAUGCCGACGAGCUAAUGGAUGACGAGGCGGAGGAGGUGGAGGAGGAUGACGACGACGAAGAGGAAGAUGAUAUGGAAGACGAUGAAGAGUAA